AUGAAGCAAGGAAGCCCCCCGACCGACGCUCACACGCCAUUGUUGAGAAAGGACAACGACGCUCAAGACGAACUGACAACGGGAUACGGCAUUAAUGGCCCAAGAGAGGAGACCAAACAUCAAUUCCCACAGCCAAGUUGGACGUGGGCAAGACCCUACAAAACAACUGAGAGGCUCCCUCAAACCAUAGCCCACCGUGGGUACAAGACGAAAUACCCCGAGAACACGAUGAAGGCGUUCCGGGGCGCUGUCGAGGUCGGGAGUCACGCUAUUGAGACGGACAUCCACCUAACGAAGGACGGUGUUGUGGUUCUCUCACAUGAUCCCGAUCUCAAGCGGUGUUUUGGACAGCAGGAGAAGAUUAUCGAUUGCGACUGGGACUAUCUCUCGGGGCUUCGCACCGUACAAGAGCCACACGAGCCGAUGCCACGACUCGUCGAUCUCCUCGAGUACGUCGCCCAGCCCGGUCUAGAACACAUAUGGCUCCUCUUCGACAUCAAGGUUGACAACAACGCCGACGAUGUGAUGAGACUGAUUGCGCAGACACUGGCGUCCGUCCAUCCCGGCGCGCGAGCCUGGGAGGAGCGAGUGCUGAUGGGCAUCUGGGUUCCCAAGUUCCUCUCGCUGUGCACGAAAUACGUGCCCGACUUCCCCGUUGCGCACAUUGGCUUUUCGACGACCAUGGCGCGCGAGUAUCUCAAAGUGCCCCACGUGGGCUUCAACAUGCUCCUCUACUCCCUUCUGGGUCCCGUUGGCGCUCGCUUCAUGCGCGACGUGCGCAAACAGAAACGGCCACUCUUUGUCUGGACCGUCGACGAACCCAACUUGAUGACUUGGUGCAUCCACCGCGCCGUGGACGGCGUCAUCACAGACAACCCCGAACUGUUCCGCCGCAUCUGCGACGACUGGGAUGACAAGAAGGCGAAGAAGACCGCGAGGCCAACGGUCAUGCAAUGGCUGAAAACCAUCUGGGUCUGGAUCCUGAUCACCUUGUUUUCGCGCACCUUUCGGCGAAGGUUUCCAGAGACGGUCGAGGCUUAUAUCAAGGAGCACGACCUGAGAGCCAAAGCAACAUUGGCAAUUGAUGAGUUACAUGGCUAG